AUGCUUCACCACUGCCAGAUCAGCAGAUCCCACAAAUGUCGUGAGGUACAUGCAAGAGCUGAACGACAAACCUAUACAGGAGGACUGGGAUACUAUCGUAGUGAGUACGAGCAGCAGUGUUUCGAUCAACGACGCCUAGCUCAGCCGAUUCAGGACUUUCCUUGGCUCGAAGUGCGCGAUAUUCCUAGCAUCAAUGGACGAGGAAUAUUCGCUAAAACUCGCAUAUUGAAGGAUCAAAUUGUUUGCGACUACAGGGGCCUAUUUUUGACUGUGGAAGCACGAGACAGGAUGCUAGAGCAUAUGACCCGUGAAGAGUCGGAAUUGGUUGGCGACUAUGAAGUUAGCUACCUGGACUAUAUAUACGAUCCCAAAGGCAAGGCAGCUCGACAGGCGCAGGCAUACUCAAUCCUUGCCCAUGAUCCCAUAUACAAGGGCGCUGUAGUACUGGGACGUCUAUUCAACCACAGUCAAAAGCAUGCCAACCUCAAAUAUUGGACACCUACUCGCUCGUUUUCGACCGACCAGGGAAAACAGAGCGAGCACAUAGUCCUGUUCAAGGCCACACGAAACAUAGAAGUAAGUACUGUUCUCCUUUACCCACACUAUAACACCCUUGAGUCAUCAGAGAAGCUUGCCGUGGACGUCGAUGUGCCCACGAGAAUGGGCGCCAUGCCACCUGACGACGACUCUUAUUCGCAGCAAAUGGCCAUUUCACCAGAAGAGGAGUUGUUCGACGUACGGCGCAUCGUCACUGCACACAACGUCUUGUGUUCAUUGAAUGUGAAGACUCGUGUGCCGGGCUCAUCGGUUCGAGUCGCCUUGCGGAUGUGGGCGACGCAUAUCGCCACAGUCGAUUGA